AUGGUUCCCGCUCCCAUUGACCCAUCCAUCACUGACGUGGCGGAGCCACGGAAAGACACCCUCGGGCUCCCCGAGGCCACAAAGGCGAGACUGGUCAAGGCCGGAGUCGACCUGUCCAACGGGUACCCUUACCGCCCCUCGCGGCCGCUGUACCUGGACGACGCGUACAAGAUUCGCAACAAGGAGCGCGAGUACGUCGACGCCGGUUCGAGGGCGGACAAGUCUAAGAAGAACCUGCUCGGCGCCGCGACCAAGGUCACCAACCUGACGGCCCACAUCGGCACGGAAAUCGAGGGCCUGCAGCUGAAGGACCUCACCCCGGAGCAGAAGGACGAGCUCGCCCUGUUGAUCGCCGAGCGCAGCGUCGUCUUCUUCAGGGACCAGGAUCUGUCUCCGCAGCAGCAGAAAGAGCUGGGUGACUGGUACGGAGAAGUCGAGGUCCACCCUCAAGUCCCGCAGGUCCCCGGCGUUCUCGGCGUCACGGUCAUCUGGCCCGCGUUGAUGGCCACCGAGAGAAAGGCCAACUUCCGCAACCCCGGCGGAGCUUCCAGGUGGCACACGGAUCUGGUCCACGAGCGCCAGCCCUCCGGCAUUACCCACCUGCACAACGACGCCGUCCCGCCUAUCGGCGGCGACACACUCUGGGCCAGCGGCUACUCCGCCUACGAGAAGCUGUCCCCAGACUUCCGCAAGAUCAUCGACGGGAAAUACGCCGUCUACAGGUCCGCCCACACUUACCUCGACCGGAACGACCCCGAGGCCGGGCCCAAGCACAUCGAGCGGGCUCAUCCCCUCGUCCGGGUGCACCCGGCCACGGGCUGGAAGUCCCUCUACGUCAACCGCCUCUUCACGACGCAGAUCAUCGGCCUCGACAAGGCGGAGAGCGACGCGAUCCUCAACUACCUCUUUGACGUAUACGAGAAGAACGUCGACAUCCAGGUCCGCUUCAAGUGGAUCCCCAAUACCAGCGCCCUCUGGGAUAACAGAAUUACCAUCCAUAACGCAAGCUGGGACUACGAGGGAAACCAUCCGCGUCACGGCACGCGUGUGACGUCCCUGGCCGAAAAGCCAUACUUUGACCCCGAAGCGCCGACCCGCCGUGAGGCUUUGGGCCUGCUCGGGCCGGACGAGAAGGAGGAGCUUGGGAUCGAUGGCACCACGAGAGGGCUCAAGGAUUUCUCUCUGUAG